UAAACCCGAGUAAACUGGCGCGAAUUUUAUGGCGCUCAUUUGUAAACAACAUGGCUUCUUCAUCGAGACAAAGCCAAUCGAUUGUUGACUGUAAUUUUUGCCAAAAAGAAACGAAAUACAAGUGUAUAACUUGCAAUAGUCCAGUUUGUAACCGUUGUAGUUUGUUUCAAGACGAUGAGGAAACUAUUGGUUGGGAGGCUGGAGUAUCUGUUGGAUGUUGCCCAAAUUGUGAAGGGAAUUCUACCACCGAUAAGCAUCCAGUCGAAUCACCGGAGAUGGAAAAUCAUUCCAAUCCGUAUAAUUCAAAUACUUUUUACGCUGAAAGCCGAGAAACUUCAACACCCUCUCCGUUGAUUGGAAGAAAAAGGUUAGACCUAAAUAAUUAUUGUUAAAGCCCCAAGAAAUAUUAUGAUUUUCUUUUAUUCAAUAUCUUGUAUUCUUACUAAUAUUUUGACCAAUAUUUUACUUGUAGUGGCUCAACUGAUGAUGAAUCUGAAGUUAAUGGUAAUGACCUAGGUUCAAAAAAGAAAGCUGGCAGGAAAGCCUUGUAGACCGAGAACGUUCUAAAUGAUUUUAUCGAUAUUGUUGCUAACAGUGAUUACUACAAGAAAAAAUUAAUUUUCACGAAUACAAAAAACCAAAAGAAUGGUAAUAUAUACGAAAAUAUUUUGACAGAGCUUAAAGCAAGGUGCCAUGAUAGGAAAGAAAACAUAGACUUUACUGUGUCUCAAAUGCGUAAUAAAUUUAAGAAAUGCAUCGGAGAAUGCAAACAUGCUGCAAUGACCAUCAAAACUGCUAGUGGCAUAAAACGUUUCCAAGAAGGCAAAGGCUAUGGUAUAUGGUUCAAGCAGUUGUUUCAGCUUGUUCAAUCCAGAGACUCUUGCAGACCUGAGAUGGCAAUAGAACCUUCAGUUUCAAGUGAUAUCAGUAGCUCCAGCUCCAGUGGUAAUCCUUCUCUGAUUGACCUUGAAGAAGAGGAAGAAAUCAGACAGUUGGAAGAAGGUGAAGAUAGUGUGAAAAAAUCAUUUGUUCCCAUGAAGAGAAGAAAAUUGUCAACAAAAGACAAUGUUGGUGAAGCUAUAGCUCUUUUAAAGACUAUGGUGGACAAUGAUCCAUCCAAGGAGCUGCUACGUUUCAUGCAAGAUGAAGCUGAAGUAGCAAGAAAGCAUGAAAUUGAAAUGACCAAGCUUUUUCUUAAUUGUCUAACUUCAUCAAAUGGUGCACAUCAUUCCUGGUCACCACAUCAAUAUUCAACCAAUAUUCAACCAAUGCCAAACUUUCAACCAAUACCAAAUUUUCAACAAGAAACAAAAAUCCACUCAUCAGCUAAUCUUCAGCAGUAUCAAUUACCAACCCAAAGUCAUUCAGCAGGCACUCCAAACUUUAGCAAUAGUCAUUCAGACUAUGAUCUCAAACAAUACCAGUCUUUAUAGAAAUUAUGUAUGUGAAUAAAAAUAACAUAUUAUGGCAUUUAUUAUGCCCUGAUGCACUUGCAAUGUUUAAUUAGUUCUUAUAAUUCAGUUGUGUUGUUGAUAAAGACAUUUCAAGUAAUAAAGAUAUUUUUUACUAAUUGCUA